AUGCAGUCUUACGCGCACAACAAGGGUAACUACGUCUACGUCCGCCGCAAGCGCACAAGAUCGGUCGAGGUGCGCCGCGCAGACGAUCUCCACCGGCACUCCCUAUCCUCCUUAUCAUCCGAGGAACGCAUCUUGCAUUACGUCGGCGAGGAGCGCACCCGCGUCUGCCGUUGUCAUGAUGCGGGACGACAUGGCGAGAGGACGUCCACCGUAGCAUGCGAAUCGAGGCAUCUGAGCGCCAGCAUAAUGCUAUACCUAGACCGCCAUGGCCUUGAAUCCUGCAGCUUCGCUGACUUCCGGAAGUAUCGCGCAAGCCGAGAAGCGAAAUGGGCGAUGGAAGGCGUAUUUGUUGAAGACUUUCACUAUACCAGCCGAAACAAAGACUUCGUGUGUCGCUGCUCACAACCAAGGAAGCAUAGCUAUCAGACGCCGCGCCAUCCUGAGAUCGUCGAGCAAUGUGCGGAGUUCUUCUGUAUGCACAAGGAUAAGAACACUGUUACGAAGGACCAGUGGAAGGGCGUGAAUGGCGAUGAGCCCCCGGCUUACACACCCAGUGUAGACUUGUUAUCCGGUUCCAUGACAUCCAUGUCUGUAACGUCCAGUUCCGUGCCUGAUUCGCGGCCAAGCUCGUCCGGACAUACUGGGGAGAAGUCUAGGCCACGAGCCUCGCUAGAGACGAGGAUACGUGACACUGCCGAGCGUCUAUCUUCGAUCAUCCCAGGCCGGCAUCGUAGUGCUUCGAUCCCAGCACGGGAGCCAGAGAUGCCCCCUCAAGUAUGGCAGAAGGGUCGUCCAUCAGUCUUGAUCUCUCAACACGAUGCCCAGGCCACGAUGGGCAUGUUUCCCGGAAUCCAGACAGAUGCAAGUGUAGCAAGGGCUAGAGAUAUGCUGGGUGUGACUGGUCUGUAUACGAACAAGACGUACGAUCCCACAUCCACUAACCUAUCUGUAGUGAGCGGGCAGUCCAGUGUUGGGACCAUUAAAAGCGAAAGGUCGCCACCGUUUGCCUAUGACGAAUGGUACAAGGGCAAUCCACCUCAGUGGGUGCUUGAGAAGGACAGCGAAGAGCUACUACCGUCGACUUUCUACGUGAACGGCGAUAGGGCGAAUUCUUCCGGUUUCGAUGCGUCAUCGACUCAUAGACCAGUGGCAGAACUUCCCGCGCGUAGAUCGCCAAUUGAACUUCCCGCUCGUAGGUCGCCAGUCGAACUUCCAGGUAAGCCAGCACACCAACGGCAUACUGCAACGCUAAAGAAGCUUGAAGGUCGAACUUGGGAUACGAGGUCGGAGUUGGAGGCCAAGGCCAAGGCCAAACGCUUCAGCGUUCGGUGCACAGAAGCACCCCCUACCGAGCGCAUCGGCAAUGACAUUGAACAGAUCUUUGAGUUGCAAGUCAAUCCAUUACGAGAGGAGGUCACCCUCGAAUUCCCACAGCGAAGUAAGGGCAUAAUCUGUAGUACGGAGGAGGGCGUUGCUGUCACGCAGCUUCGUCUACUCAAGGACUACGUCGAUGUCCAUGCCGAAGAGCUCUUCCGUCUAUGGGAAGGUAAUCGUGCAGAACCCGACUGGUUUGGAGGUGUAGUACGUCCCGCUGUCCAACUCUUCCAAGGGUGGAACCCCGCUAUGCGAAGCCGCUUCUUUUCAAAUGAGGACGCUUUCCUUAAGCUCCUCGCAUGGGCAGAGCUGGUGCGCUUGAUGAACAUCAGCUGUGCGAAGAAGAGACAGGCCCAUGAUAGCGAUGCACAUUUUCCGCGAUUGGGAGAGUUACAUCGCAAGUUUUUGAAGGCCGUUGAGCGAUACAACAAAGAGAAAAUGUCGUGGGAUACGAGUCGCUCUGGUGUUUAUGAACACGACAGGAUCGCGACGGAUAUUGUCGACGUCGCGAUGAACACUCAGGUGCCGUAA